AUGGAGGACUCGGACUCGGCGGCAAAACAGCUGGGCCUGGCCGAGGCAGCAGCGGUGGCGGCCGCUGCCGCUGUGGCGGCGGCCGCCGCGGCCGCAGCGGAAAGCGAGGCGGAGGAGCCGGUGUUAAGCAGAGACGAGGACUCGGAGGAGGACGCAGACUCCGAGGCGGAGCGCGAGACGCGGCGGGUCACGGCUGUGGCGGUGAUGGCGGCCGAAUCUGGGCACAUGGAUAUGGGUACCGAGGCUCUGCCCAGCCCCGAUGAGGCCGCCGCCGCCGCCGCCUUCGCAGAAGUGACCACAGUAACAGUAGCCAACGUGGGCUCCUCUGCAGAUAACGUCUUCACAACAUCAGUGGCAAAUGCAGCAUCGAUAUCAGGACAUGUCCUGUCUGGUAGGACAGCCCUGCAGAUCGGGGACAGCCUGAACACUGAGAAAGCCACACUAAUAGUUGUACACACAGAUGGGAGCAUUGUGGAGACCACUGGGCUGAAGGGCCCAGCAGCACCUCUUACCCCAGGUCCUCAGUCUCCUCCUACCCCACUGGCACCUGGCCAGGAGAAAGGUGGUACCAAGUACAACUGGGACCCUUCGGUGUAUGACAGCGAGUUGCCUGUGCGCUGUCGGAACAUCAGUGGCACGCUCUACAAGAGUAGGCUCGGCUCAGGUGGCCGGGGGCGAUGUAUCAAGCAGGGAGAAAAUUGGUACAGCCCAACUGAGUUUGAAGCCAUGGCAGGAAGAGCCAGCAGUAAGGACUGGAAGAGAAGCAUCCGCUAUGCAGGCAGACCCCUGCAGUGCCUCAUCCAGGAUGGUAUUUUGAACCCUCAUGCUGCCUCCUGUACCUGUGCUGCCUGUUGUGAUGACAUGACUCUAAGUGGCCCUGUCAGGCUCUUCGUCCCUUAUAAAAGGCGCAAGAAAGAGAACGAGCUGCCCACAACUCCAGUUAAGAAGGAUUCCCCCAAGAACAUCACGCUGCUUCCUGCCACGGCGGCCACCACCUUCACUGUGACACCCUCAGGACAGAUCACUACCUCUGGGGCACUAACCUUUGACCGAGCAUCCACUGUAGAGGCCACCGCUGUCAUCUCUGAGAGCCCAGCCCAAGGUGAUGUCUUUGCAGGAGCCACAGUGCAAGAGGCAGGUGUGCAGCCCCCUUGCAGGGUUGGCCACCCUGAGCCCCACUACCCUGGCUAUCAGGACAGCUGCCAGAUCGCUCCGUUUCCAGAAGCUGCAUUGCCAACAUCACAUCCCAAAAUUGUCCUGACAUCGCUGCCUGCCUUGGCCGUGCCACCCUCCACCCCCACCAAAGCUGUCUCUCCUGCUGUGGUCAGUGGGCUGGAGAUGUCAGAACAUCGCAGCUGGCUGUACCUGGAAGAGAUGGUCAACUCCCUACUCAACACGGCCCAGCAGCUGAAGACGCUGUUUGAACAAGCCAAGCAGGCGAGCUCUUGCAGGGAAGCUGCUGUGACCCAGGCGAGAAUGCAGGUUGAUGCAGAGAGGAAAGAGCUUGUCCAUCAGCAACAUUUAGACGAGACUCCAUUCUGCACGGUCAUCCCAGUGCUGCUGCUUUCUGACGCAGAGAGGGACAGACGGAGGAGCCCAUGAUGCGCAGCUGUGACCACGACCACAAAGGCUGCUCCUCACUGUCUCACUUCAUUUCACUGCCACUUGGUGACAUCGGAGCUCUUACACAGGUGUACGAACACACGUUUCUUUCUUGGUUGCUGUGUGGCCAAGGUUGACCUAGAACUUGCAAUCCUCCUGCAUCUGCCUCCCAGGUACUGGGACUGUCUAUAUGUACUGAAUUCCAAGGUGCCUCAUACGCUUUUUGAUUUUGUUUUUUGAGAUAGAGUUUCUUUAUGUAACUCUGGCUGUCCUGGAACUUGCUUUGUAAACCAGGCUGGACUCAAAUGCUGAGACCCACCUGCCUCUGCCUCCUGAGUAGAGUACUGAGAUUAAAGGUUUGCACCACCACUGCUUGGCUAUCCUUACAUGCUUUUAAUAGACUAGAAAGACAAGACUGUGGCAGGAGCUACAUGUCUGUCUUCUAUCCAUUUCACCUGCAGUGUCACCACCAAGCAUACACACAGAAGGAAUACAAGCUUUAGACAUGCUGAAGAUGGAUUAUAAACUGCUUGUGAGAGUGGCAGGAUUGGGAUCUUUACUUGGUAGGAUCUUCGCUUUUCUUGCCCUAGGAAGUGAGGUCCUUCAGAAACAGAAAAGGCCAGAUGGAGUAACCCUGCUGGGGUUCCGUGAACAGAUGUACCUGAGAGGAUCCAAGCAGAAGCAGGGCUGCCUAGAGAUCUGAGGGCACGCGAAAGUCUCAAAGACUUGUACUGGAAGGAAGUGGUUUCGCUUUCUCCAGGCCAUCAUCUGGCAUAGUACCGAGUUGUAUGAUCUUGGGGUCAAGGUAUGAGAGACAACUUACUUCAUGAUAAAAGUACUGGAGACCUAGGAUAGCAAAACUGAAACAAACAGAGUCAGGCCUCAGCCUGGACAAAAGGCAAAAAUAGCUGCUGUGCAGAUUUGCUGCAAAAUGGUGUUUAUUCUAGUCCUUGAUGCAUUUCUUUGGCACAGAACUUCUCAUUGGCUGGGUCCUUCAGGGAGGUACACACAUAGUGUGGCUCCCUCUCUGAAUUCUCACAUCCUGUUGGUUCAGGAUACAAGCCUUAUCGAAUAAAGUCCCCAUGGCUCAAUAGUCCUUCCUUUUUGAUCCCUGGACUCACUCUCAUGGCAGACUCCCUGUGACCUUUCAACCCCAGGAUGAAUUGAGAAUAUAUAGAUAACAAGCUGGCAGCUAGGGAAGACGGGCCCUAGCGCCUCCUGCAUAUCUGCCAUUCUCUGGUGAGCUCUAGGUGCAUCUCACACUGAAAAUAGGUCUAAAUUGUUCAUUUCUUAAUGGUGAUGAAGAGGGCCAGAGAGAUGGUUAAGUGUGUAAAGUCUCUUGCUGCCAGGCCUGAUGACCUGAGUUUGAUCCUAGGAACAUGCUGGAAGGGAAGAACCAACUCCUGCAAGUUGUUCUCUGGCCUCCACAUAUGUACCAUGUCAUGUAUGUUCAAAUGCCCACACAUAAAUAAAUGUAAUAAAAAUGUGAAAGCCUUCAAAGAAGUCAGGAGCAAAGAGACAGGUGGAUUCCUGAGUUCAAGGCAAGCCUGGUGUACAGUGUGAGUUCCAGGCUAGCUACAACUAGUUAUCUAGGGACAAGGCAUUGAACUACCCCCAUCAUUAGCAGGUCCCAAGUUCAAGUUAGGACUUAAAGAACAUUUGUAGAUCUAAUGACAAAUACAUUAUUGAGUGAUUUGGGAUUAAUGUUUGGGUUUUCUGUGAGGCAUUGCUCAGUUACCUAUGCCAUACAAUUUGUACAAUUUAGAAAUCAGUGAUGCCUAAAGCAGUGGGUAACAUAGCCAUUCGUUGUUCAUAUUCCUGCCAAGUUGACGUUGAAGCUGGCCUGAGUGCUGUGCCAAUGGACAGUUCACCAGCCCUCCGUCUGGGGCACAGGUCUGGGUACAUAUUCUUUCUGAGGCUGAUGCCAAGGACUCCCUGACUGUUGGUUCUCCAUGCUGCUGGGGAAUGGUUCUCUACAGCUUCAGGCUCAU